AUGCCUGAAACCCCUCAUCCCCUCAUCCACAUCAAUGCCUUCCCCGGUGCUGGAAAAUUGACAAUCGCCAAACAUCUUGUUGCCCUCUCAGCAAAUCUAAAGCUGAUCCACAACCACCUUCUCAUCAAUCCCGCUGACGCUGUCCUCCAUCGCACCCAACCAGGCUAUCAGUCUCUUCGGCGCGCUCUCCGCACCGCUAUCUUUACCUCCCUAGCAACUGAGCCUGCAACCUUCAAUACGACCUAUCUAUUCACCGAUUUUCAAACAACAAAUGAACAAGGUGCCAGUGUGUGUGCAGAAUAUGUGCAGGCCGCCAAGGAUCGAGGCUGUCUACUGAUUCCGAUUGUUCUGACGUGCGAUGAAGAUGAGAAUGUCAGACGCAUGACGCAGUUGGAGCGUGAAAAACAUGCAAAGCUUAUGGACAUAGAGCUACUAAAGAUAUUUCGAAAGGGAGCACCGAUUUUCGAGUUUAAUGAUAGGGAGGAGUUCCUAAAGAUCGAUGUGACUCAUCUGCAGCCAGAGGAGGUCACAAGGAUUAUCUGGGAGCAUGUCUUACUGUUUUAUCCAGGUUUGAGCGGUGGUGAGACUUGA